CAUCAGAGGAUGAGCGACCGACUACGGGUCUAUAGGCAGUGUAGUACCUCUUUCAUGUGUCGAUGGCAUGUCGCGUCUUGAGAUAAAACGUGCCUCCGUCUCUGAAGAGCCGUCACCAUUUCCUGUGGCACGAUCCCUGACAUAAACACGUUUCUUGACAAGUCAGCUCUUAUGGCUGAUACAGAUUAUGUGUUGACACAGUGGUACUCGCCCACGCCUUUCCAGCGCUUGUGACACAGAUGAAUUUAUAUCAUACGGGCCUCUCCGUAUUGUUACAGAAUACGUUAUAUACGAAAUAUACGAUAUACCAGCUGCUGAUAUGAUGUAUGUGAUAGAACAGCGACUACAAUCAGUGACCAACAAUGGAAGACCAAUUAAAGAAAGCCAUAAGUGAUAUGGAUUCUCGGUAUUUUCAGUCAACAGCAAGUCAUGAUUACAGAAACAGAAGCAGUGAUGUUGGCAGAUCCUCUAGAAGCCAAGGAGAUGGCUGGACAUGUGGGUCUUGUCAGUUCUACAACUUUGGGUCUCGUUCCUCUUGCCUUAAGUGUGGUCCAAAUGAAGGUAAGAGACUGAGUGGAUCAAACAAUGCCAGUGAGUCUGAGAAGUGGAGAUGCCCCCAAUGUCAAUUUGAGAAUUUUGCAUCUCGGACCACUUGUUACAAAUGUGGUCCCUCUGGAGGAAAGAGGUGGAACAGUAAAAGCACUGCAAGAGAGGGAAGUGACUGGACAUGCCCCAAGUGCCACUUUAGCAAUUAUGCAUCUCGAACAACAUGUUUCAAGUGUGGUCCCUCAGGAGCAUCUUCACGGAAAUGGAAUCCACAUGGAGGCAUCUCGAAAUAUCCCACCACUGAUGAUAGUGGAAGCUGGUGUGAAGAGGACGAAACCUGUAGUUGGCAAGACAGACCACCAAGGCACUCGUAUCCACAGAACUUAUAUGGGGAUCAGCAGACCAGUUACAAGAAGUAUUCCCCCUCAACCUCAGGAGAGAGCAAUGUAUAUUCAAGUAAAAUGUCCUUUUUAGAUUCUCUUGAUGAAUCUAAUGGAAGUCAAAGCUGUCAGAAAGCACCGGAGGAAGGACUUAUUGAUUGGGAUUUUCUGAAGGAAAAUGAGGAAAAAUUUGAAGCCGAGCGGUGGGCUCACCUUCCAGAAAUAGAAAAAAACUUUUAUGUUGAAGACCCAGAUAUAAAAGCAAUGAGUAAUGAGCAAGUGCAGAAAUUUAGGGAAGAAAACUUUAAUAUUAGUGUAAACCUUUGCAAUCCUGAGAGUGAAAUUGAUAUCCCAAAUCCAGUGCACACCUUCAAUCAAGCUUUUCACAAUUAUCCUGGAAUUUUGAAAGAAAUUGAGAAACAAGGAUUUGAACAUCCUACACCUAUACAAUGCCAGUCAUGGCCCAUCCUCAUGAAAGGACAUGAUAUGAUUGGCAUUGCACAGACAGGGACUGGAAAGACCUUGGCUUUUAUCUUGCCAGCCUUGAUACACAUAGUUCACCAACCUGUCCCAAGGUGGGAGCGUCCAGGACCCACGUGCCUUGUUUUAGCUCCCACAAGAGAAUUGGCUCAGCAAAUUGAGAAAGAAGUUACAAAAUAUCAGUACCAGAAUAUCAGAUGUGUGGUUGUAUAUGGCCAAGGAGACAAGAGGCAACAAAUCCGUCAAAUCAAUGCUAAAGCAGAGAUUGUUGUUGCUACCCCAGGGAGACUUAAUGAAUUCAGUGAGAAGGAAAUUAUCAACCUGAGUGGUGUGUCAUACUUAGUCUUAGAUGAGGCGGAUCGCAUGCUAGACAUGGGGUUUGAGCCACAGAUUAGGAAGAUCAUACUAGACAUUCGACCAGAUCGCCAGAGUGUUUUAACAAGUGCAACUUGGCCUGAAGGUGUUCGCAGCUUGGCUGCUAAACUCUUGAAAAAUCCUAUACAUGUUGUUGUGGGAAGCCUUGACUUGCAGGCUGCAAGUACAGUAUCACAGCAAGUAAUAAUCUGUAAAGAAGAAGAAAAGAGAGAUAAGUUGCUGGACUUCAUUAACAGAUUAGGCAAAGAAGACAAAGCCAUAGUGUUUGUGGGCAGGAAGAGCAUGGUGGAUUAUCUGUCAGUGGAGAUGAUGGAAGAAGGAAAAUGUGUACAAAGCAUGCAUGGGGAUAGAGAACAAGAAGAGAGAGAAAAAGCUCUAAGUGACUUGAAGAGUGGCAGAGUAAGAGUCCUCCUUGCAACCGAUGUUGCAGCUCGUGGAAUUGAUGUUAUUGACAUUACUUUCAUCCUGAAUUUUGACUGCCCACGUGACAUGGAGGAGUAUGUGCAUCGCAUUGGACGAACAGGAAGGGCUGGCCGCCAAGGACAUGCCUGUACUUUCAUUACCUGGAAAGACUGGAAAAAUGCUGGCAAGCUCAUUGAAAUUUUGGAGAAGUCGGGUGAGGAGGUUAAUCGUGAACUUUACCGCAUGAAAGAACGUUGGGAGAAGACCAAGGAGGAGCGUGGACUACAGGAUCGAUGGGGACGCUACAGUCACACAGCCCAGAGAGAAGGGGGUCAUAGAUGGUAGAUGAGCAUUGAAAUAUUAUGCAGUUUUGUGUUUUGUGUUAUUCACAUUUUGCAGUAUUUUAUUAUUCUUCAGCAUUUUUUAAUUUCUUUUCCUAAAUAUAUGUAUUUUUUUUAAUUUUUGUCAUAUUUUUUUUUGUGUGUGUUUAUAAAAAGCUAAUUAUGUUUCAUCAGUGGUUAUAAUUGUUUUUCUCUUUUGUAAUUAAAGAUUUAAAUGGAAAUUAUACAUAAUUUUUUUUAUUUGUAUAUCUAUAAUGUAUACACUCGCAUGGAUCUUAUGAUACCACAUUGCCUUACAGAUGAAAUCUAUUUUUAUUGUAUUGGAUAUUUGUUGUAAAAUCUCAGUUUAAAGGAGUAUAUAUUUAUAUGUAAGUUGAUAAAAAAAUUAUUUUGUUAAUUCCUCAUCUGUUGUUUUGUAUUUUAGAAAAUU